CCCGCGGCCGCCGCCGCCUCCGCCGCCGGGAAGCGCUGGGACCGGCCGCCCCCGGGCCGCCGCCGCCCCGCCAUGUCCGAGGCGGGCCAGGAGCUUGUCCACCUGGUGUGGGGCAAGAAGGCCGGGCCCCGCGGGCUGGCCGACACCAUCUUCUGCCGCUGGGCGCAAGGGUUUGUCUUUAGUGAAUCUGAAUCCACUGCAUUAGAACAAUUUGAAGGUGGCCCUUGUGCAGUGAUUGCCCCUGUACAGGCAUUCCUCUUGAAGAGGCUUUUUACCAGCGAAAAGUCAUCUUGGAGAGACUGUCCAGAAGAGGAGCAGAAGAACCUUCUCUGUCACACAUUGUGUGACAUUUUGGAAAUGGCCUGCUCUGGUAAUUCUGACUCCUACUCUCUGGCAACGUGGAUAAGAGGCAAAACAGCAGAGGAAACGGCUAGCAUUGCUGACAGCCCUGCUGAGUCCAGUCGUCAGGAGGAGCCACACUCUGCCUUGGCUGUGGAAGAGCUUGGCUUUGAGCGGUAUCAUGCGUUAAUUCACAAGCGAGCGUUCAAAAGCUUCCCUGAGCUGAAGGAUGCGGUCUGGGAUCAGUACUCAGUGUGGACAAACCGAUUUGGAGUGUUGCUCUUUCUCUAUUCUGUAAUACUGACAAAGGGUAUUGAAAACAUUAAGAAUGAGAUUGAAGAUGCAACUGAGCCAUUGAUAGAUCCUGUUUAUGGUCAUGGCAGCCAAAGCUUGAUCAACCUGCUGCUGACAGGCCAUGCUGUUUCUAACGUCUGGGAUGGAGACAGAGAAUGUUCAGGAAUGAAGCUCCUUGGCAUCCACAAGCAGGCAACAGUGGGCUUUUUGACACUGAUGGAGUCUCUGAGAUACUGUAAGGUUGGCUCCUAUCUGAAAUCUCCAAAAUUCCCCAUUUGGAUCCUUGGCAGUGAAACACACCUCACAGUCUUUUUUGCCAAGGACAUGGCCCUGGUUGCUCCCGAAGCACCUUCAGAACAAGCCAGGAGGGUUUUCCAGACCUAUGACCCUGAGGAUAAUGGUUUUAUACCUGACACUCUGCUAGAAGAUGUAAUGAAGGCUCUGGACCUUGUUUCAGAUCCUGAAUAUGUAAACCUCAUGAAGACCAAAUUAGACCCCGAAGGCCUGGGCAUCAUAUUACUGGGGCCCUUUCUGCAAGAGUUCUUCCCUGAGCAGGACUCCAGGCUUUCGGAGUCGUUCACUGUUUACCAUUACAAUGGCCUGAAGCAAUCAAACUAUAAUGAAAAGGUGAUGUACGUGGAGGGCACAGCAGUGGUGAUGGGCUUCGAGGAGCCGCUGCUGCAGACGGACGACACCCCCGUGAAGCGCUGCCUGCAGACCAAGUGGCCGCACAUAGAGCUGCUCUGGAGCACCGACCGCUCCCCCUCCCUCAACUGAGCCUGCAGGGGGCCCGGGGCAGCGCCUCUGCCGCCCCUGCCGAGCUGUAAAUAAUGACUACCGACACUUUUUCAGUGUUAAUUGGAAUAUUUAAUUUUUUAAUCAGAUUGAUUUCUAUUACAGCAGUUCUGUCUCUUGGUUUGGCUGCUGUGGUCCUGGGAAGCUGAGUGCCCCCACACCACACAACCACUCAGCAUUGCUUUGCCAUCUCAAGUGUCUGAGGCUGCAGAAUCUGCAGAUCAGAUCCAAAAAGCACUGUCUGCAGAAUCAGGUCCUUAACACAUUGUCUGCAGGGUCAGAGUCCGCAGAAUCAGAUCCUUCAAACGCUAUCUGCAGAUCAGGUCCUUAAAACAUCUGCAGGAUCAGAGUCUGCAGAGUCAGGUCCUUGAAGCACUGUCUGCAGGAUCAGAGUCUGCAGAAUCAGGUCCUUGAAGCAUUGUCUGCAGGAUCAGAGUCUGCAGAAUCAGGUCCUUGAAGCAUUGUCUGCAGUCAGAUCCUUAAAGCAGAGAACAGACUCAGCUUCCUCUGAGCCGCGUGGGCCUGUUUGGUUAUCGAACUGAUCCUGCUUACUCCCAGGACCUUAAGGUGUGGCCUGGCCUGGCCUUUUCAGGGGUGGGUAUGAAUGAGUGGAGCUUUGGUUUGCAGUUUCUCCUGAGCUCUCAUUUUCCCUGAGGAGCUUGCACAGGGUGCCAGCAGGAUGAUGCAUGUUCAGGAGCAUUACCAAGUGCAGUUGCUAAGUCCUCUUCUCGGCAGCUGUGUGUACUGUGGCCUGGCUGUAGGCAUGUCAUGAGUGAGAGAAAAGGCAGAGGGGCAGUGGGUGUCUGAAGAGUGGUUGAGUUUUUGCAAGAGAAAUGUAAAAGCAGCAGGGAGGGUUCCUUGUCUAUAACCUUUCAACUACUCAAACUUACAAGAUUGCCAAAUACCUCUUCUCAAUUUGCCCAAGCAAGCAGUGUCUGCCAGCCUUACUGUGUGUUACGUGCAUGAGAGCCUCUGUUAUGACAUUAUUCUCUUCCUUUAUUUAUUAUCAACAUCUUAGCCCUAAAAUAAAAUCUUUUCCUUGGAUCAUGA